AGUAACUCCAACCUUCUUGAUGAAACGAGAAUUUCACACACACAAAAAUUGUGACAGUUGAAUUCGUCCGGAAAUGAUUUCGAAGAAUUUUUACUUUCUACUGCUGUUCUUGACGGCGUAUGUUUCGAGUGAUUCGGAGACUAAAAAUCCUCACGGAUAUAAACGGAUCAAACCGUCCGGAGCCGUUAUCAACGAGGAAGAGAAAACCGCGGAAUACUGGAACCAAAUGGCAGAAAACGAGCUCAACGACAACCUCAACGUGAUUGCAAAUAUCAACAAUGGGAAGGCGAAAAACGUCAUCUUGUUCAUCGGCGACGGAAUGGGCAUCCCGACACUCACAGCCGCCCGAAUUCUAAAAGGUCAACUCGCGUCGCCCACGGCGCCGGGAGAAGAGGGCACCCUCGAAUUCGAGGGGUUUCCUCACGUCGCACUCUCAAAACAACAAAAAAAAGUGCAAAACCUACCAAACAUGAACAAGUUCAUGAAGAUUCUGCUCAUAAUCUGCGCAGUUUUAAAACCAGCUCACCUAGAACUCAUCGUGGAACCCAAGUCACAAUCCCAAAUGUCACCAUGCUUCGCCAAAUUCGUCAAAGAGGACCUCAAGUCGAGCAUUUACCACGUCGUCGUUGUGUUGGGCAACCCAGCUCAAAUCGACGUGAAACAAGUCGCCGACAAAUUUUCCCAAGUCCAAGUCUUCACAAAUAGUCUCCGGAACCUGACACUUCACACUUCACAAGCCCUAGACUUGACCAUCAUCGCCUCCAACAUUUCCCAAGUGCACAAUAGUCUCUUCGGAGUAGAAAAGGCAGUGGCUGAAUCCAAAACUCAAAGAAAACUGGUUAAACGAAUAGCGACUGUGCAGAGACUGGUUCUUUACAUGGAACCCCUGGGUCCCACGGACCACGCAACAAUAGACAAGGACCUGAAAAAUCUACAAGCGUCGCUGGAUGCUGAAAACUUGGUGUUUCUUGCCGAGAACCCAGGAAAACGAACUUGCGACGUGCACAGAAUUUGUCUCUACUGUUGUCAAGGCAAAACGUGUGGGAAAGAUUUGUCUUUCAAAUUGAAAGAUCCUUUCCCAGAGGCAUUCCGACGAGACCUCGUGUGGAGUUUGAACGGGGCCACACUGCGAACAACUUACAUCUUGUUUUACAAAAACUGGUUCAUCAAAGGGAAGGAUAAGAAUGGGAAAUUCUUGUACGAUGGAUCAGACUACAGACUCGUGGAGACUGUGAAAAAGGUUCUCAACUUUUCCACAGUGGUCUUGUAUGAAGACAUCGGGCUACAGCCAGGGACCAUUUCCAAGAAUGGCUCAUGGAGUGGAAUAGUGGGAGCUGUACAAAGGAAAGAAGUAGACUUUGUCAUGACAUCCUUGGCAAUCUCAGAAGACAGGGCUGAACAACUGGACUUUGCACCUCCUUAUGAAUACAGUGGGUUUCACUGGAUCCAAGGAAGACCCAAAAGAACCCUGAGCAUUUUCACAGCCAUCUUUGCUCCAUUCACAUACCCAGUGUGGAUAUGUAUUGUACUCUCCAUGCUGCUCACUGCACUUGCCUUCUACUUGCUUGAGCGGUUAAUGAAUGUACAAGUCAGCAUCUUUCACACCAUGUUCUUCUUGGUCUGCUCCCUAUUGUCACAAGCCCCAGAACUGAGGAUGUCAGUCAGGAAACAUGCAAAUAUCCUCAUUGCCUCAUGGGUCAUCCAGGCUGCAUUUGUGUCCAUGUGUUACACAGCAGUCUACUAUGGGUUUCUUGUGUCACCUGCUUAUGAUGCACCCAUGGAGACAUUGACUGAUCUGAUUCAGAGUUCAGACUACAAGUGGUUUGCAUACACAACCACAGUCAUGAUGACAUUUGCCAAAUACAAGCCACUAGGAGACAAGGCCAUCUACCGGACAUGGGAGGAAAGAGCACCAGAUUUUGAGAGGCUCAAGUCUGAAAAGAUUCUAUCCAUGCUGGAUAAGUCAGCAUUGAACAACAAGGGUUUGGCUUUGAAGCCCACUUAUGAUGACUUUGCAAAUGGAGUCUUUUACAUCAGCAAAGAGCCAGCAGCAGAAUAUUGGAAAGCUUUGGGGGUACAGUAUGGGUCCCCACUACUGAAAAAAUUCACCCCCGUCAUGCUCAGACUGGUGGAAGCCGGGAUCCCUUCGCAGAAUUUAAAGCGCGUUGAAAUGGAACUGAAACUGGGUCAGGUGUCUUACGACCAAAUGCGCUACAAUCAGGCUCAGGAGAAGAAGGAACGAAAACCCGAAGCUCUGGAGUUGAUCAAUAAUUUGCUUUCGGCUUUCAUCAUCAUUGCUGCCGGCUGGGUGUUGGGAUUCAUCACGUACAACGUGGACAUGCAAAUACCGGAUUCUGCGGGAACUGGAACAGCUUACGUCACAGGAGUCAAAGCCAACGAAGGAACACUCGGCGUUACUGCCACAGUUUCCAGAUUCGACUGCGAGGCGAGCAAAAUUCCUUCUAACCAACUGGAUUCUUUCCUUCAAUGGUUCAUCGACGACGGCCGAAAUGCAGGAUUAGUGACCACGACUCGGAUAACACACGCAACUCCCGCUUCUACUUAUGCUCAUUCUGCUCAUCGAGAGUGGGAAUGCGACGACUUCCGACCAUGGCCGGAAGAUCCACCAGAAGCCGUACUUCCGGAAAACUGCGAAGAUAUCGCGACUCAACUCGUCAACGGAAAAACCGGAAAAGGACUAAAGGUGAUUUUUGGAGGAGGAAGGCAUGGACUAGAUGGAACGGCUCAGACAACCAGCGACGACCCAAAGUCAACUUGCAAAAGAAAAACCGCCAGCGGAAGUCUGAUUCAAACCUGGCUCGAAAUGCAUUCCUCAGAAAACGCGGUUUACGCUCAAAAUCGAACCGAACUUCUCAAUUUGAAUCCCGAAAAAGUCGGAAAAUGCUUCAGGCGACACCUGUCCGACACCUACGCAAGCGAGACUUGUAUUUGUUCUGACUUCUGCCGCGAUUUCGUAGGAUUGUUCGCCAACAGCCACAUGCCGUAUGUGUACGAAAAAGACGCUUCCACGACGCAGAAGGAAAUAUUUCCAACUCUGCCAGAGAUGACUCGAAAAGCGAUCGAAAUUCUUCAGUCCGACGGCAAAGGAUUUGCACUGCUGGUCGAGGGAGGACGGAUAGACACGGCUCAUCACGAAACUCGCAUGAAUGCUGCUCUUCUUGAAGUAUUGGAAAUGGAUGAGGCAGUUCAAGUGGCAUUGAGUCUUACAAAUCCGGAAGAAACCCUCAUCAUUGUCACCGCGGAUCAUUCUCAUACCAUGUCUUUCGGAGGCUACGGAGCACGCGGCAGUCCGGUUUCUGAAACGUCUGGGGUGAACGACGACGAUCAGCAAACGCCGUUUUUGAAAAUGGCAUACGCAAAUGGACCUCGGGUUUAUUCCUAUUCCGCGGGUUCACGACCUGAACCAGGGACUCCUGAAGAGAUUGUCUCACCUCAGUACCAGCCAUUCGUGCCAGUGAAGAUGCUCUUCGAAACACACGGGGGAGAAGAAGUGGCCAUUUACGCAAAAGGCAAGGAUUCAAUUAUUUUGCACCGAAUUCAAAAUUUAUUAACAGCUAGUUACGACCAAGCACACAGAGAACACCUCGAACGAAUUCUCAACGGACCAAGGGCACAUCUUUUCCAAGGUCUCCACGAGCAGAAUUAUAUCGCACACGUCAUGGGUUACGCUUCGUGCACUGGACGAUACAAGGGGAGGUGUUGAAAUUGAAAUCACAUAUUCACAAAUCUCAUGGGACAAGAAUUUUUAAGCAGCUGCCAUGAAGCAAUUUAAAAAAAAAACGAAUAAGUUACUUAAAUUUAAGGACAGCUAUGAGAUGUCUUGAAUUUUUUUUUUAUCCAGCUUCAGGUUUCUGAACUUGAAUUGGUGCGUUUUCGUUCGUACUUCGAGUGUUAACAGUUUGAAGAUUAGAGAUUCUGGUUGUUCUCACAAUAAAGUUCCGCACAAAUGUCGCCAUGA